AUGCCACCAACUGUUCAAACAACAAAACUACAGUCAACUCUACGUCUCCUCAUACCACGUCUUCGCCUUCUUCAGAAAAAAGACACCGCGUCAUCCGUCGCCCAGCGCAGAGAGCUCGCGCAUCUCCUUGAUACUGGGCGCGAAGCGUCUGCGCGGAUCAGAGUCGAAAAUGUCAUCGCAAAUGACAUCGGAGUCGAGGUGAUGGAGAUUGUCGAGCUGUACUGCGAAUUACUGCUUGCCAGAGCUGCAGUUCUCGACCAAAUUGCUUUCUCCGAUAAGGGCGUGCAGGGACGAAAUAAAGCCAAGGAGGAGGCCAAACAGAUGCUGGAAGGUAACCCAAAUAUAUCUCCAGCACAUCCAAAAGAAAGUGGUGGGAAGGGGCUAGGGUGGUUUAGCUCACGCACAACCUCCUCGACACCGGAUAAAAAACAACCCAAAAACCAACCAGAAUCUACCUCGGAAGAUAGCGACCAGUUUGAUGAGGAAAAUAGCUAUAUCAAUCUUGCUCUGGAUGAAGCUGCAGCAGCUAUAUUCUACUCUUGUCCUCGUUUCCCACGUGAAGUUAAGGAACUCUCCACCCUGCGGACACUGUUGAUGGAACGCUGGGGUAAAGAUUUCGCAACGCUUGCACAAGAAAAUAAAGCUGGAGUAAAGCUUCCCGAUCGAUUGGUCAAAAGACUUCGGGUAAAGCCUCCUUCUGAGGAGCUGGUUGACAGUUAUCUACGGGAAAUUGCAAAAGCAUACAGCGUGUCUUGGCCAGCAACGGCAGCUUUAGAGGGCGAUGUUCCAGAGCCAAUGCAUGAAGAAGGGCGGGAAUCGUCGUCAUCACCACCACCACCAGCAGACUCUGGUGACGCUGAUAUCGGGGAUGUGUCGGCGCCACAAACGCCUCGCAAGAAUGUUGCUGAUUUGCGGCGAGCUUCUGAAGCAGACGAGUUGUCUCGCGCUACACCACCGAGGGAUAUUGGCACACACGACGUAACGGGGAAGAGCCCAGUGAGCGUCGCGAAACCGGGACCAAGUAGUGAUAACCCAGAGCCUCGAGUGAAAAUACCAGGCGAGCAGGAUAAUAACGCUACAAGUGAGAGACCUGGUGGGCCGCAAAGGAAGAAUAGCAAGGGGAUUCCGGAUGUAGAUGAGCUAUCUAAACGGUUUGCUGCGCUGAAAAGGUGA